UCAUAUAAUCAUUGAUAAAGUUUGAAAUUAUAUAUGCUUUCAAAAAAGAAGUUUGAAACUAUAUGUAAGAUUUUGGGUUGAAUUGCAAAAUGAUUGAAACCAAUACAUUUCAUGCGGCCCAUGAUAUACUCGUAGAUUGUUGGGCUCAGUCCAAUAAAAUAAAGCACCAUUUUGGCUUUCAAGAAAUAAAAAAAUUACUCAUCCCUUAGAAAAAAAGAGAAAAAAAAAAAAAAAAAGAGUGAAAGAUUCCGGCCAAAUUCCAUUGAAGCGCACCCAACAUUCUCCAUUGAAGCGCCACUCAACUUUCUCCAUUAAAGCAGUUUCUGAGGUUAAGGAUUGUUGACGAAAAUGGUCUCAUGGGCAUCUCAAAUUUACGGUAUUGCCACUUAUAGUGGUAGCUCUUACUCGUGGAAUCAAAUUUCAGGGUCUAAGAUUAUGUUGUUUAGCGAAAAGAUGAAGCCUAAUCCAUUUAAGGCAACCUUUGGACUACCAAAUUCAUCAGUAUCUUCAAUGGGGAAGAAAUUUAGUUUCAAUUCCAAUAUGAUUAUUGAUAAUGGUAGAAAUGGUCACUUUGGUUUAGUAGAUGAUAAGGUAUAUGGGUUUGAUUUUUCGAUGAUGGGUUCAAAGAAAGCUGGUGGGUUGCAUCCAUUUGUGGUUACUUGCUUAGCUAAUGGAGAGAUGAGUGCAGAGGAGAAGGUGAAUGUGCUGGUAAUUGGAGGAGGUGGAAGAGAGCAUGCACUUUGCCAUGCCUUGCAACGAUCGCCAUCAUGUAGCGCGGUCUUUUGUACACCUGGGAACAUUGGGAUUUCGAAAUCAGGGGAUGCUAUUUGCCUUUCAGAUGUUGACUCCUCCAACAGUUCAGCUGUCAUCUCUUUCUGCCAAAAACAGGCAAUUGGAUUAGUUGUGGUGGGACCAGAGGCACCCCUUGUUUCUGGCCUUGCAAAUGACCUUGUCAAAGCUGGUAUCCCAACCUUUGGCCCUUCAUCUGAGGCUGCUGCAUUAGAGGGUUCCAAGGAUUUCAUGAAGAGCUUGUGCUACAAAUACAACAUUCCCACUGCCAAGUACCAAACAUUUGCCGAUCCAACUGCUGCCAAACAAUAUAUCAAAGAGCAAGGAGCACCUAUUGUCAUUAAGGCUGAUGGGUUAGCUGCUGGAAAAGGAGUUAUUGUAGCUAUGUCGCUGGACGAGGCUUACGAAGCUGUCGAUUCGAUGCUUGUAAAUGGCAUUUUUGGUUCUGCAGGUAAUCGUGUCAUCGUUGAGGAGUUUCUGGAAGGAGAAGAAGCAUCCUUUUUCGCAGUGGUGGAUGGUGAGAAUGCUAUUCCCCUAGAGUCUGCUCAAGACCAUAAACGUGUUGGAAAUGGUGAUACAGGGCCUAACACAGGUGGAAUGGGUGCAUACUCGCCUGCACCUGUGUUGACAAAAGAACUUCAGGCUUUGGUGAUGGAUUCUAUAGUUCUUCCCACUGUCAAAGGGAUGGCAGCAGAAGGUUGCAAGUUUGUUGGGGUCUUGUAUGCUGGGCUUAUGAUUGAAAAGAAAUCUGGACUUCCUAAGCUUAUUGAGUAUAAUGUCCGGUUUGGAGACCCUGAAUGCCAGGUUUUGAUGAUGCGUUUGGAGUCGGAUCUGGCACAAGUUCUUCUUGCUGCUUGUAGAGGUAAGCUAACAGGAGUAUCCUUAAAAUGGUCGCCUGGUUCUGCAAUGGUGGUAGUCAUGGCUAGCAAUGGUUACCCUGGAAGCUAUAAGAAGGGAACUGUUAUUAGUAAUAUAGAAGAAGCAGAAAAGGCUGCUCCUUCUGUCAAAGUAUUUCAUGCAGGAACCGCAUUAGAUUCUGAAGGCAAUUUGGUUGCUGUCGGGGGAAGGGUUCUUGGAAUUACAGCCAAGGGGGAUGACCUUCAAGAGGCAAGGGAUAGAGCCUAUCAAGCUAUUGAGAAAAUUAACUGGCCGGAAGGGUUUUAUCGGCAAGAUAUCGGCUGGAGAGCCCUCCCCCAAAAGCAAUUUUCUUAGAGGUGUUAACUUGUUGACUUCCAUCAGAGAUUUUGGAUAAAUCAUGAAUUUUGACUCCCGCCUCGAUUUGGUAGCGAACAACUACAGAUCAGAGUAGUUUAGAUUUCUUUCCUGUGUCAAGUCCAAUGGAGAUUGCGAAAUUCUCCAGAUGUUGUAUCUUAGAAUUUAGCAUUAUACCAAUUGAUCUAACGAUUCCUGAACUUUGGCUGUCUUUCUUCUUUCAAUUCUUGAUAUCUUUUGAAAUG